UAAAUGAUAGACGAUCUCUAGACAGUUUUUUAGAAAGCUGCCAACUGUUGAUGCGAGUGUUUGUAUCGAUCUACAUUUAAAUUUCAGUUUAUCGCAAUCAUGUCUCUUAUGCCAUGGGGAAAUUUCGGUGGAAUGAGCCCAUUUGAUGACUCCAAUUCGAUGUUUCCAAUGGAUCCCUUCAUGUCGAGAGGAGGCUAUAAUGUUAUGCCACGGACGAUGAUGCCCUCAAUUCGGCGCAUGGAACGGGAAGUUGGUAAAUUGAUUUCUAGUGUCAAGGAGGACGACAAAUCGUUCCAGGUCAUGGUUGAUGUUUCUCAUUUCCAUCCAAGCGAAAUCACCGUGAAAACGACCGACAAACACAUCAUCGUCCACGCUAGACAUGAAGAGCGCAACGAUCAGCAUGGUUUCGUUUCACGAGAGUUUCGCCGUCGAGUAACCAUCCCAGAAGGAGUCAAUCACGAGUCGGUUACUUCCACCAUAUCCCCUGAAGGAAUUUUAACAAUUUUGGCUCCCAAAAUGAUGCUUGAAGGCUCUAACGAACGGGUCAUUCCUAUUACAAUGGCCCCGGCAGCUGGGUCGCAUCACACAUCGCAUGCUUCUCUGCAUUCAGCGCAUCAAACCGGGUCAUCCAAAUAAGUUGCUGAAAGGAAGAAGAAGAAAGUAGGCUAUUGUCGAAAUGCUAUAAUGGCCAUAAUCGUGGAUGUUACUGAUUGUUUAACACUUCCUGAUGUAAUGAAACAACGCGUUACGUCGGUUGCAUGCCUUAAUCGAGAUCGAAAUAAAUGAAAUUGAUGAAA